AUGGCCAAACAGCCGUCCGGAGCUCCAGCCGGCUUCAUCCCGUCGCAGCAGCCCGAUGGAGCUGCUGGACUUACAGCAAACAAACCGGACAACUCUGCGUGCCCGCCGGUGGCCCCGCACCACUACGCGGCGCCGCCUCCGCCGCCUCAGCCCUGCAACGAGAGCAAAACUUUUUGCCCUGCGGAGAAUAAACCUGGAGAUCUGGACAGCAACAAAGCGUACGGGACGUUUAAAAGUCCACCCCCGGCGGUGCCUGGAUCAGUCAACUCCGCUUUCAGGAAGGAUUCUGCCGGUGCGGGCCGCGGAGGGUCCUCCCACUACGGCGACCCGCUGCGGGCCACAGCGGAGCAGAACAACACCGCGACCAACUGGACGGCCAUGAGCCAGACCACCAUCAUACUGGGAACAGACGGAAACACGUCUGUUCAGCCCGGGGGCGUGGCGGGGGCUGACGAUGAUGACGAGGGGGGAGAUGAGAAUAAAGCCAGAGGAAACUGGUCCAAUAAACUGGACUUUAUUCUGUCCAUGGUUGGCUAUGCGGUGGGACUGGGGAAUGUGUGGAGGUUCCCCUAUCUUGCCUUCCAGAAUGGUGGAGGGGCUUUUCUGAUCCCCUACCUGACAAUGCUGGGCAUUGCGGGGAUCCCGAUCUUUUUGCUGGAGGUGUCUCUGGGUCAGUUUGCCAGCCAGGGGCCCGUGUCCGUGUGGAAAUGCAUCCCUGCCCUGCAAGGUUGCGGGAUUGCCAUGUUGAUAAUAUCUGUCUUGAUAGCCAUAUACUAUAACAUUAUAAUGUGCUGGACACUGUACUACCUGUUCGCUUCGUUGAAGGGCUCACUGCCAUGGGCUAACUGUAGGAAUGAGUGGAACACGGUGGAAUGUAAGGACAAAGACAUGCUGCUCCUCGACUCGUGCAUUCUGCGGGACAGAAACAUCACCUCCAUCAAGAACUCCACAUUCUGUCUGUCCACCAACACUGUGGGGAACCUCAGCAAACUGAUAAACAUGACCGUGGACGUCAACAAGACGUACGUCAGCCCCAGCGAGGAGUACUUCAAGUACAAUGUGUUGCACAUCUCUAAAGGGAUCGAAUAUCCUGGAGACCUUCGCUGGCCGCUGGCAGGUUGUCUGUUCCUGGCCUGGCUCAUCGUCUACGCCUCUUUAGCCAAAGGCAUCAAAUCAUCAGGAAAGGUGGUUUAUUUCACGGCCACCUUUCCCUACGUGGUUCUGGUCAUCCUGCUGAUCAGAGGAGUGACCCUCCCUGGGGCCUUCGACGGCAUCCUCUACUUCAUCACACCAAAGUGGGAAAAACUUAAUGAUGCAAAGGUGUGGAAAGAUGCUGCCACGCAGAUCUUCUUCUCUCUGUCGGCUGCCUGGGGGGGUCUCAUCACUCUGUCCUCCUACAACAAGUUCCACAACAACUGCUACAGGGAUACGAUGAUAGUGACGUGUACAAACAGUGCCACCAGCAUAUUUGCUGGGUUUGUCAUCUUCUCUGUCAUCGGUUUCAUGGCGCAGGAGUUAAAAGUGCCAAUAGAACAGGUUGCAGAUGAAGGUCCAGGCAUAGCAUUUGUGGUGUAUCCAGAGGCUCUGACCAGACUACCCCUGUCUCCUUUCUGGGCAAUCAUUUUCUUCCUCAUGCUGUUGACCCUCGGCCUCGACACCAUGUUUGCCACCAUUGAGACCAUUGUGACCUCUGUGUCUGAUGAGUUCCCCAAAUAUUUGAGGAAACACAAACCGAUCUUCACCCUGGUCUGCUGUGUGUCCUUCUUCAUCCUGGGAUUUCCCAUGAUCACAGAGAGUGGGAUGUACAUGCUGCAGUUGGUGGACACGUUCGCUGCCUCCUACUCUUUGGUCAUCAUCGCCAUCUUCGAGUUGGUUGGAAUUUGUUACCUGUACGGUCUGCAGAGGUUUUGUGAGGACAUUGAAAUGAUGAUUGGAUUCCAACCAAAUCGUUUCUGGAGACUCUGCUGGGCUUUUGUGACUCCGACUAUCCUGACGGGCAUCCUGGGACUGAGCCUAUACCAGUGGAAGGUCAUGACAUAUGAGGACUACACAUACCCAACCUGGUCAAUGGUGCUGGGUUGGCUCAUGGUGAUUUGCUCCGUCAUCUGGAUCCCCAUCAUGUUCUUCAUUAAGAUGUACCUUGCACCUGGUACCAUCACUGAGCGUCUGAAGCUGGUCUGCUCCCCUCAGCCAGACUGGGGUCCUUUUUUGAUGAAGCACCGUGGAGAACGCUAUAAGAAUAUGAUUGACCCUCUGGGAACCAGCUCCCUGGGACUCAAGCUGCCACCUAAGGACUUCCAGCUGGGUUCCUACCAUUAGCAGUCUUCCCAGCACCAGACGC